AUGAAUAAACAAGGAAAAUGUUUAUUAAGAGGAGAUGUCAAACUACAAUUAGGAUGGAAUGCAAAAGUUUUGCCAAAUGAAACGUUAACUCAAAUAUUUAAAGAUAUAGACUUUCCAAACAAUUGUAUAUAUGUAAAUCAUUCAUGGGCCUUCGCGGCGUUACCGUUUUUAUGGCAGUCUCCAUUUACAAUUGCUCGUAAUCCAAUUAAACUGGUAGAAACUUUGAUCAAAAGUCUUCCCACCGAAGUAAAAAACUCAUUAGUGCAGGUUGUAUCAGUUAUUAAACCAUGGCUGAAAGAGCACACAUGUUAUAAGUAUGCAGAAUGGAUCAAGGAGCUCCAAUAUGAACAACUUCUGAGUUACGUUAUUGUAUGGUUUGAGAGUCAACAUCGGAUUAAACCAGUUUCGAGAAACCAGAAAGUAUGUCAUUCAUUAGAAUUGCGUUCAGAAGGUGGAAUUUUAUCCAAGGAAACUCGCAUCCAAGUUCAAUCCAUCUUCUCCACAUUAAUUUCAUUUCUCAUCAGCUCAAGCCGAAACUUGCGCACUCUAGAUCUCUCAACAAGACAUGUUUAUCCACAUUUGUCUACCAUGUUGUGUCCAAUGCAAACAAACUAUGAAUCUCUAAUUACUAUCACUGAAUUAACUUGUGAUACUUGGGUUCCCGAGAAUUUUUAUCAAACACUUUCUCUAAGAUCUCGUAAUUUAGAAAGUUUGCAUAUUUACCAUCCUCAACGUGAUUCCGAUGUUGUGGAUUUGGCUUUUCUUAUUAAACAUCAAACGAGAGGAAUACAACAUAUAAAACUUUCUGAUUCUGGAGCCAAUAUAACAAUGUUGUUAGAAAGCUUCGGCACUCAAGCCGCAACUUUAUCCUCACUCAGACUUUAUCGAACUAACCUUACAAAUAAGGGACUAGAUGCGUUAGGGAAACUUGCUAACUUAAAUUCUUUAGAAUUAGACAUGUGUAGAUUUUUAUUAUGUUACCCUUAUAAAGCCCCAGACCUUUUAUGGCCGAAAUUAAAGAGAUUACAUUUAUCCGAAACGGAGGAUUUUGUUGACAUACCAGCCAUUAUUGUAAUGAUAACCAAAGUAUUAUUGGGUCUGGAUGAAUUAUUAUUACAUCAUCAUCUUAAACAUAAUGAUAUAAUACAAAAAACUGUUAUUAAAAAUGUUAUUAAUCAAUUGCCUAAUGUAAGGCAACAUGACAUUUCCCCCAACUGGCUUUUUACUAAGGUUGUUUAUAAAGUUUAA